AUGAACUCGCAACACUCAGCCUCCAGAGACGACAUGAGCGUGACAUCGUGGGGUUCGUCAGUCAUGGAUCUUGGAUCGAACGCUGGUUUAGACCCUAGAGCGCGCUCGACAUCAGAUCUCUUUGACCUGCCUGCCAGCAGGAUGCGGCCCAAACCCUACAAAAAAGCGAGCAGCUCGCGCCAGGUUCAUCCCGUACCGCAGCAAAACAACCUAGUUUUGAUACCAGAGCAGCAGCAGGUCGCUCCGCAUCUUUUGCAUUCACUUACCCCUUAUCAGAAGCAGCGGCGGCGCAUGAAGAAAAGCUUUCAGUUCCCCAACGGCGAAAGCUUUACGCCUCGGCAGAAGUCCAUCAAGACUUUCCCGGACCAAGCUCCUCAGUUGCACAAAUCCGCGAGCUGCAGCGAGUUUAGUGCGGGCACUCCUCGCAGCCCCCCUGAUGACUUUUCGCGCCGCUCCUUUGCUGAUCUUCCGCGUGGAUCUCGUCCUUCCACGCCAAAAUCUGUAUCAGCAAGAAGCGAGAGCCUCAAGGGCUCGGCCGAGUGUAUGCCUCCUCCAGCCAUUCACCCUUCGCCAACGGCUCGGCUCUCGCGGACCUCGAGUCUACCAAGGAUUACUCCUGUUGGGUCUUUUCCAAGGCCUACGGGCUCGAACCCCUACUUGCGCGCAGCCAAAAGCGAAAGCAGUACUUCGUUUCUUUCCAUCUCGCACCGUUUCACUUGCGAGCCGGACAGUAAUACAUCCUCGAAAACGCAGGUCGUUUCAAGCAGCACGUCCAUCACAAACAGUAGCAGCAGCUCGCCAAGCAACAAUAAUAAUAGCAGCAACACUAGCACCGGCGCCAGUGACUCGGCGCUUGAAAAGUGCGCGAGCGCGCAGACUUGUUACCAGACGAUUAAUAACCCUAAUCCGGUUGCGAAGCUGCAGCAACCGCCAGCGUUCUUGAAAACGCAGGGCACCCCUCAGGUUUCGAGCGCGGUCAACGUAAAGCCAAAACCACAGUUUCAAGCAGUUCAAGCUCGCCAGGCUUUAAAGCAGGACUCGCGUGGUGUCAAGAGAUCAACAUCGUCAAGGCUUGGAUCUUUCUUUAGACGGUUUUUUCCAUCAAAGAAGAAGAAAGAAGCCGGCAAGCAGAAUAUACCAUCGCUCGCAACCUCCCGCACCAAUGUUGUUUCGAAUCCUACCUCUCAGCAGAAGCCAACAUCUAGCGCGUCUGUAUCACAGCCUAGCAGUGCUUCCUCUGAUGACCAUGCGAUGCCUUUAUUGACCAAAGGCACAACCAAGGACAACGAGUUUGAUUGCGACGUUGACGACGACGAGAACGUUGACGAUGACGAUGAUGAUGAUCAGCUAUUAGACAUUGACUUAGUCUUUGACAGUCUGCUGCUGAAGAAUGAUCAUUCAACGCUCAAGCCCGUGAGUCUGCACCAGCCCGAAAAAGCACUGCCUAAGAAGGAACCAGGACCAGAAGCCCUCGAUAACCGCCCAAGCACUGGUGCUUCGGAGGAGGGUAUAAUUGAUCUUGAGCUAAUAAGCGAAUUUUCACGGCUUGGUAGCUUUAUUAUAGACGGAGACGAGCCUAAGAAACAGGUUCAGGUACCUCCACCCAGGUCUCUCAAAAGACCUCGCCUUUCCGAUAAGGAGUCCGCCGUCGGCUUUUAUCGCCAUCACGCCGCUCACAGCGCAUUAGGUCUGGAUCCUGAUCAAAGGCUGGCGCGGAACCUGCAACGAGACUGGGAAUUCGUUCACUUCGAUGCUACUGUGAGUUCCACAUCGCUGUCCUCUGAGCCAAAAAAACUGAGAUUCGGGCAUUCGGUAUAUGUCAGGGAUACAUACGCGGCCGAUGAAUAUGAAAGAAGUGAUAAAAAGUUUAUCAGAAACCGCAGGAAGAUGAUGCAAACUCAGAACAUGGCAUAUAUAGAUGCUGUGAAGACGCAAUUGAACCAGUUCAAGAGAAGUGAGAUGAAGGUACAUGGAGCCAGUCUCCACAACACGCACUUUUUUCUGUGA